AUGUUGAUCAUCUUUAAAUCAUUAUGUUUAUUUGGUAAGGGUCAUGGCGGUGGACAUGGUCAUGGCGGUGGUCUCGGCCAUGGCAACUGCGGCCCCUCGAAAUUGAAAGGCUUCGGAGCAGGCAUGAGACCGGGGGCAGGAAUGGGUGGGGGAAAACCCUCACACUUUGGUGGUGGCAGUCAUGGACAUGGACGACAUGGAAAACAUGGACGACAUGGUCACGGUCACGGUCACGGUCACGGUCACGGUGGUAGUCUUGGCCGUGGCGACUGUGAUUUCUGCAAGUCAAAAGGCUUUGGCGCAGGCAUAAGACCUGGAGCCGAAACGGGUAAAGGGAGACCACAGCCGGGUGGAGGUAUGGGUGGAGUGAUGGGUAGUGGUAUGGGUAUAGAUACAGACACGGAUAUGGGCAGUAGUAUAGGUGCAGGUAUGGGAAAUAUUGGUGGCCCAAUAAUGGUGGGCCCACCAGGCUUUGUAGGCUCUGGGGACUCCCCUGAGGACUUUGGAAUGCCAGAUAGCAAUAACAAUAGUGGACCUCAUUCUGGAGGUGGAGACUUUCAAGAUAUCAAAAAACCACAAGCUGGUCCUGACGUAGAGACAAAGUCUAAACCACACAGAGCCGCAGGCAAACCGGGCAAGACAACCAAAGUCACUGUGAACAAAAAGCGACCAGGCUCUGGGGACUUGGUGGAGAGCCCAGAAGAGUAUGAAAUGCCAGAAGACCAAAAGCCUAGUGGAGCUGAGAUCUCUAAGGGUCCAGGUGGUAAAAUCUCAAUCCUUCUGGUUUUCUAUAACUCUGAAAUUUCUGGUGAAGCUCUAUUUGGAGGUGCAGAUUUACAGCCAAUCAAUCAAACACCCUCUGGUCCUGAUGUAGAGACAAAGUCUAAACCACACAGAGCCGCAGGCAAACCAGGCAAGACAACCAAAAUCAUUGUGAACAAAAAGGGACCAGGCUCUGGGGACUUGAUGGAGAGCCCAGAAGAGUAUGAAAUGCCAGAAGACCAAAAGCCUAGUGGAGCUGAGAUCUCUAAGACUAAGGGUCCAGGUGGUAAAAUCUCAACUCUAUUUGGAGGUGCAGAUUUACAGCCAAUCAAUCAAACACCCUCUGGUCCUGAUGUAGAGACAAAGUCUAAACCACACAGAGCCGCAGGCAAACCAGGCAAGACAACCAAAGUCAUUGUGAACAAAAAGGGACCAGGCUCUGGGGACUUGAUGGAGAGCCCAGAAGAGUAUGAAAUGCCAGAAGACCAAAAGCCUAGUGGAGCUGAGAUCUCUAAUGGUCCAGGUGGUAAAAUCUCAACUCAAUUUGGAGAUGGAGAUUUACAGCCAAUCAAGCAAACACCAUCUGGUCCUGAUGUAGAAUCAAAGGCCAAGCCACAUGGAGCUGGGAGAAAACCAGUUAACAAGACUAAAAGUGAUAUGGAACAUGCCACUGGUGAUCAAGAUUCAGAUCAAAGCUCAAAAAUUUCAGGCACUCCUGGAUCUCAGAUAUCUGCAAGUGAAACUGCAUUUGGUCCAAGUAAAGAAAGUGUUUCCACCUAUGAGCAUUCUUAUUCUUACUCAACAGUUGAAGCCACCCCGGAAUCUAGUCAAGGAAAUGGUGAUGGAUCUACUACACCUUGUCUGCCAUGUGAAUCUGCAUAG